AUGGCCUACGUUUACCCAACAUGUCAAAUUAUAGGAAUUGAUGUGGUACCGCCAUCAGAAAAAGAAGGUUGGAAUUUGUCGAGUCACAUCAAUGGUUCUUCUGCUGCUGGACAACAGAAGCUUGUUCAAUUCCAAUACGGUGAUGUCAAGAAACCCUUGGCUUUUCCCGACAAUCAUUUUGAUCUGGUCUAUCAACGUGAUAUAGCCACCGUGUUGCCUUUUACUUAUUGGCCUACUUUAAUUCGCGAGUUUUAUAGAAUCGUAAAACCUGGAGGUCAGAUCCAAUUGGUCGAAUACGAUUUGUUAUUCAAGUCGCCUGGUCCGGUUUUAACACAGGUGAAUGAGUGGUAUCGCUCAGCCGCUCAAACAUUAGGGGUUGAUCCCGAUUAUACAAAACACUUGACGAGUUAUAUGAAGGAAGCUGGCUUUACAGAUAUACAGGAACGUGUGCACGAUAUACCCAUUGGAGAGUGGCCCUCCACCGACUUGGAGAAGCAGCAUGGCUACCUCUACAAGGAGCAGAUGAGAGCACUGUUUAAAUCCAUGAAACGUUGGUGGUGUACUGAAAUCAAGGUAUCACAACAAGAAUACGACCGUGUGUGCUCAGAGGCCCUAGAGGAGUUUGAAGAGUUUCAAAGCUCUGCUCGAUGGAAGAUCUUUACUGCCACCAAACCUGUUUAAGACAGCCCUUUUAUAUUUAUGCUCACUACACCUAUGAUCAUACCCACAGAUUCCUUUUUUAUAUAUGCUUUCCCUCCUUCUCUAUAUACUAGAACUAUGCUGUAAAU